UUUCGGUCUUGUAUUACGCUAUUCAAGAACCAUUGUCCAUUUGUAUUGCCCACUAACACUCUACUGUUAAUGCCAAUUUAGCAGCAGAGACUUAUCAGCUGAAUGUUCAUUUUCAUUGUUCAACGAAAAAAGAAAGAAAAAGCGAAUUCACAAGUCCUAAGCAGUAUAUUCAGUCCACCAUUUUCUCUCGAAAUUCCUGGUUUUUAGGCGGGAAAUUAAUAAAUGGGCGGCCGGCGCCGCAGCAGCAGCAGCUACAGCAGCUACAGCAGCUCAGUCGCCACGGUGGUCAGUACCGCUGAUUCUUCUCCCUCUUCCGCCGAGUCCUGCUUCCGCGAGCUUGACGAUGUCUUCUUGCAGACACAAACGAGGAUAUGGUUAGGAGAGGUGUUGAAGAUAAGAUUGGAUGAAGGGAUGAAUAUUUCCGAUUUGCUUGCCGAUGGGGAGCUGCUCUUUGAAGUCUCUAAAAUGGUGUGGAAUAUGUUGUUGGAGAAGUCUGUGGAGCUUAGACAAAUAAAAGCUUAUCAAAGCCCUCUUGGUUCGAGGAAGAGCAGUGGGAGAUACAAGCCUUACUCUAACGUUGACUCGUUUCUUAAGGUUUGCAAAAUCUUGGGAUUGAAUGGUAUUGAUCUCUUUUCCCCAUCGGAUGUUGUUGAGAAAAGAGAUAUUCGGAAAGUCUGCAUCUGCAUACGAGCACUAUCGAAAAAAGCCAGAUCUAAGCAAUUAAAUGUCCCGGACUUUGAUUUGGUCACCUAUACGGUUGUCAUGCCAACAGAUAUGGUAGGAUGCAUCCGGAGAAGCUUAGAAUCAUCACAGUGUAGCAUUUCAAGUUCUUCUAGUUGCCAUUCCUAUAAAGGAACAAGAUCCAAAAGGCAGCAGAAAACAUUAAUUCCAUCUUAUAGUGGACACUAUGAUUCUUGUUCUGAAGAGUCUGAUGAGGCAGAAAGCGCUUAUUGUGGAAGGGAAUCAUAUAGCUUAUUCACAGACAAGUUUGAUCAUCCUGCCACCCUAAACUCUUGUAAAGAAGACUCACCAGGUGCUUUUUCAGCAGUCAGACCUUACACUGCAAGGCAAGCUGCAUCGAGAUCAGACAUGAGAAAUGGUCUUGGAAUUCAUUGUUCUUCGUACAAUUAUAGAAAUGGUUAUCAGGCUGACAACUUGCAUGCGAGUAAUGACUUACGACUUACCUAUAAUAAUAAUGCUUCAGAUCUAGCUGAUAUCGACUAUGCUCUGGGGAAAGAUGCUUCUAAUAUAUUGGAUUCAUUGGGUGAAAAUGUAGCAGAGAGGGACUUUAUUGCAGAUUAUUUAGCAUUUUCAGAUUCAGUUGUCCUUAGAAAUGAUGGCAAUAGUCCCAUUUUCUUUGAUGGAGAAGACAAUAUUUGUAAUUUCUUUAUGAGUAUGGAUUCUCAUGGAUUAGGCUCAAAACAGAAGGUUUCUCAGAAUGGGUUUUCUCACAGAUAUUCAGAUGAUAUGGAAGAUGUGGAAGUGGCAUCUAUGGCAAGCAUGACCUCCGUUUUAGGUAGGGUGCUUAACCUGGAAUUCGAUGACCAAUAUAAUUACGGGGAUUCUUCAAUUGUGGAACACAACUCCAUUGAGUUUCUUGGAAAUGAAACUGACGACCAAGGCAAAGGUUUUCAUAUGGAAGGUCAAACACAGGACUCACCUCCAUAUGAUAUCCUGUCCGACCGUUCAGGCACUGAUAUUAAAGAAUCACAGUCAAAGAUGGUACUUGAAAAUGAAGGCUUUUGCACUGCUUCCCUUUCAACUUGUAAGGAGAAUGGACAACCAAGUGCCAGGGAGUCAGAAAAAUCUGAAGUAUGUGGUCAUUCUCAAAUAUAUCUGGGAAGCAUGCAUCCUGCAAGCUGUGCAGGCUUGGCUUCUGCAGAAGAUGACGAGGAGGAUAUUAGUAGUGGAGAUUUGGAGAAGGCAGUGAUGGGUAUGUGUGAGUUAGAUCCUUAUUUGGAACAGGGGAAGGAUCAAAGUCCUCUAGAGACUCUACAUCAUAACAAUUUUCGGGAAGCAAAGGUUUCAUGUUGCAGAUGUCCAAUGAAGGGGAAUGAAAUACACGUUUGCAGCAUGCAAUAUGAAGAUGUAAUCGUCAGAGAUAUUACUUGUCAAGAAUCACAGCAUUUACAGAAGGAUUCACUUUGCAAUCAUGAUUUUGCUUCUCUCGCAAAUGAAUGUAAGUCAAUGGCAAGCUCCUCUUCCAAGAAUUCACAGGAUGUUAAUGGAGCGGGACAUCAGGCUUCUAGUGGAGAUAACAAGACUAAUCAACAUCUCUCUGGAGAUGGAAAUGAGGAUGGAAGAAAUCAGAGCAACCUUGACAUUUGUGCAGCAAAUGUUUUGGAUGGGAAGGAGGAUGCAGGAGGUGGUUUAAAAGAGCACAGGUUCCUUAGAGGGUCGCUGCUUAAAACAUUUGUUAAAGGCACAACCCUUGCUGGAGUGUUGUUUCUCAUACUACACAUCAGUAGAAGAGGCAAAGAGCAGGCUAACAAACCAGAAAAGCCACUGAAGACUCGGCAAUUUGGUGGUGCAAAGCACGCUUCACUAAAUGCAAAAUUCAGUAGAUCAAAUGGCACUUAUCCUGCUGAAAAGCUCAAAUUCGGUAAUUAGAGAUCGGUUCCACGAGAAUUGAUCUUACUUUAAUAGAUACUUGCUACAUUCCACUUCUCAAGCCUUGUGCUUAUGCAUGGAAAAAUGAGUUAUAGCUAGGUCUUCUUCACAGGGUCUUAGAUUUGGACAUCAUCUGUUACAUUGAAGAUAGGUAAAUACCGAUUUCAAUGAGCUUGGAAGCGGAAUUAGUAGCACUUUUCCCGUAUAACUUUGCAUUUAGCUGUCUUCUAAACUUCUCUCCGUCCAUGUA